UGAUCGAACCGUUCCUUAUCCCCUCCCCUUGAUGCAAGAGUUGUACAAGGUGUACGUGAAAAAGCGCAAGGAUUCCGUGGCCGUGGAGCUCUCUUACCCGAGUGUAAGGUAUCAGAUCACACAACCGCGCGGGCAAGUCCUGUACUACGUUGCCGGGUGGGCGGCCAGCAAGGCUUGGACGCAUCAAAGAAGCCACAACCUUUCCGUGUCGUCCAACACAACACUCGCCGCAAAAGUCGAUUCGAAGAACGAUAUGAAGAACGGUUCGGGACUUCUUUACCCUACGGUGGAGUGGGUAGAGUUCAAGUAUGCCGUGGAGAGGGGCAUAUUCCAUUUUUUGAAAAAACCCAUCUUCCUUGCUGCUUGCCUCGGAGACUUGCCAGCCGAGAUUGUCAAAGUAGUAAGCGAGGCGGAGGUUGUCAAGGAAAUGUGGGGAAACUGCUGCCCCCCUGGUCCUCCUGCCAUCGAUCCUAGCGUAUCUCAAGAGAAGUUUAUUUUCGUUGUCGGGAAAAUCCUCAACGUCGGGAAGAGUGUAAGGGAGAAUACUUCUCUCAUGUUCUCGAAGGCCGCGCCUGCUCUGCGGCAACAGCUGAACGCACGUGUCGGGCCAAAUGGAGGGGCGGGGGCCGGUAGUGGCGAAGCAAAGGGGGUUCCACAGGGGGACGGGGCCGCAGGAGGGGGCGGGGGGGGCGGUGCAAAGCGCCGAAAGGGGGGACGUGCGCGGAGGCAGGCCCCGCCCACCCUUAAUCAGUUCAAGGGGAUGUCCCGGGCGGAGGUUAGCGACAGGUGCACUGCUGUAAGACAACAUCUCGUGCUCGUAAAGGACGCCGGGAUUAAGUAGGGCACCAUGAACUCAAGAAAAGAUGAUCUCCUCGAUUACCUGACGGCGUGUGUGGGUGUGUUCAGGCAGGAAUCUGUUGAAGGGGCAGGCCCCAGUGCGACAGGGAGUGGUCCAGCCGAGGGAGGAUGCGCGGGGCGUGGUGGUGAGAACGCGCGUGAGGGCAACGCCCCGACAGGUAGUGGGGAGAUGGUCUCUGUCGGUAGUGAUUUUACAACGUCAGAAGUGCCUGCGCUACAGAAGGGACGACGACGGUUACCUUUCCCGACCGGUUACGAUGGAUUCCUCGCUGUCGGUUUUGGAGGGGGGCCGGAGUGUCUCGCGGGGGUGGCUCUUGAACAAUUUUCCGAGGCAAAAGGUGACAGCUGGUCUGUUCGUGGCGUCGGCUUUCGUUUCGUCAUGUACCGUUCAUGGAUCAGGACUACCAUCUUAUUUGUGUGCAUGUCGAAGUUGGCGUGGACGAUUCUUCUGGCCACUAGGAGCGCCGGCGUGUUGCGCACCUAUGCCGCGUAAUAGACUUUCUCGAAGUACAAGUCUUGUGUAUGGGUAUAAACACUGGUCGUUCCCCCUAGCCGGAGCCAUGUCAGUCAGCGGGGAUUCUCUUCGUUGCCGUAUUCAGCCGAGAGCGUUGCAGUGGCAAAGUGAGGUUGAACUGCGUCCAGUUAUUUCUUGGUGUAAAUUGACAAGGAGAGCAUACAGUAACCAUCCCGAAUGUCUUCAACACCGGUAAACCAAUUUGACCUGAAGUAGCUACCUUCCUACCGCCCGGGACAAGUCAUCCUCAAGGCUGUGUUGGUGAAGAAUCCGAAGUCGGUCCGAUACGUGUACACCCAAAACAAUCGACAGGACUAGACUAUUGACAAAAACAGAGAGGAUAUAGGGGUAGCAAGGAACAGAGAGGAUUCGUCCGUGAGCAUCAAACACCCGGUAAUAAAGGCGGAGGGAGAUAUGACGAACCUCAAAUGAAAAAAAAGACAACAGAGAAAACUUCCAACA